ACACCUGGCAGUCAUGUAACCUAUGAAGAAGAAUGCACCUUUUCUUGUCCAACUGGUUAUGCGCUGGUCGGACCGUCAUCCGUUAACUGCACAAGCUCUGGAAAUUUCUCUUACUCAUUUCCCGAAUGUCAGGCAACUUGCACCGUACAUGACUUGGGAAUACAAGUAACUUCUUUAUGUACUACUGGUGAGGAAGUAAGCUUGAACCAAGAAUGUACCUUUUCUUGUCCAACUGGUUAUGAGCUUAUCGGACCAUCAUCCGUUACCUGCACGAGCUCUGGAAAUUUCUCAGACGCACUUCCCGAUUGUCGGGUUACUUGUGAGGUUUCUGAAUUUGGAGAAAACGUAAAUUCAUCUUGUACACCUGGUGAAGAGGUUAGCUUGAACCAAGCAUGCACAUUCUCUUGUCCGACUGGUUAUGAUCUGACUGGCCAAUCCUCUGUCACAUGCACAAGCUCCAGAAAUUUCUCUGAUCCAUUUCCCCAAUGUCAGAAUAUUGACGAUUGUGAUCCUUCCCCCUGUGUGAAUGGAGGAACUUGUGACGAUGGUAUCAACUCUUAUACUUGUAACUGUGCUCUUGGCUAUACUGGAAUGAACUGCUCGACAGAUAUUGACGAUUGUGAUCCUUCCCCUUGUGUGAAUGGAGGAACUUGUGACGAUGGUAUCAACUCUUAUACUUGUAACUGUGCUCUUGGCUAUACUGGAAUGAACUGCUCGACAGAUAUUGACGAUUGUGAUCCUUCCCCUUGUGUGAAUGGAGGAACUUGUGACGAUGGUAUCAACUCUUAUACUUGUAACUGUGCUCUUGGCUAUACUGGAAUGAACUGCUCGACAGAUAUUGACGAUUGUGAUCCUUCCCCUUGUGUGAAUGGAGGAACUUGUGACGAUGGUAUCAACUCUUAUACUUGUAACUGUGCUCUUGGCUAUACUGGAAUGAACUGCUCGACAGAUAUUGACGAUUGUGAUCCUUCCCCUUGUGUGAAUGGAGGAACUUGUGACGAUGGUAUCAACUAUUAUACUUGUAACUGUGCUCUUGGCUAUACUGGAAUGAACUGCUUGACAGAUAUUGACGAUUGUGAUCCUCCUCCUUGUGUGAAUGAAGGAACUUGUGACGAUGGUAUCAACUCUUAUACUUGUAACUGUGCUCUUGGCUAUACUGGAAUGAACUGCUCGACAGAUAUCAACGAAUGUGCAUCAAACCCCUGUAUACGUGGGACCUGUGUGGAUGGUAUCAACUCUUACACUUGUGAUUGUCCUGAAAAUUACACUGGAACGAAAUGUGGUUAGUUAUUUCUUUAUAUUCUUUUCUCGAGCCACUUUUACAAAUACAAACAUUAUUAGACAUUGGUAGAGCACCCGUCUCACCAUCUUGAGGUCGGUAGUUCAAGCCCCGGUCGCCUCGGACCAAACAGACGUUAUUAAAAGAUACCAGUUACUGGUACCCUGUUUGAGCGUAAAUGGCGUUCAACGGUUUAAGGGUUAGAACAACAUUGGUCUGUCGCUGUACAGUGGCUGCCGCCGGCGGGCCCUCGAUCAUUUGGCCAAAAUCAAUUUUCGGAAGAUUUCUAUUAAUGAUUUCUGUUUUGAUCAAUAAUCUAUGGGGGUUCUUAUUGGACAAUAUCAUUGGACCUCUCUAUCCUUUUUUCCUUCUUUAUGUAUCGAUGUUAAUACAAAAAAAAUUCUAAAUGAAAGACCCCCCCCCC